AUGAAUUCUAGAGAUAUUGAGCAGCGCCCUGCUAAGAAGAGACGGUUUUUCCAAGGAGAAAACGAUACCAGCUUGCCUCCCAAAUUUACCAAUGGCGACACGUCGACCUUCAGUGGCUUCAGCUUGUCAGGCGCAUCGAAAGCUACUCCUACGUCCGUUAAAUACAAUGAGGUAGAUGGGAAAGCGGUGGAAACGGCUGCGGUAACAGGGAAUGACACAAGUUUUGAUAUCGAACUUCUUUCUUCCAUCGUUGGCCGCCCGAUUCCUGCAAAUGUCAUCGCCGAACUCCGCCGUCGGGCAGGGGAUGAUAUGGAGAGGGCUGUCAAUAUUUACCUUGAUGGUUCUUGGGAAGAAAAUAAUGAUGAUAAGAUGACUGAUGCCUCCAAGCCAUCAGAAGAUCAUGAGCUUAGCGAGGCUCCGGCCAUCAAAAUUGCAGCUCUGCAGAAGAGUCAGGUUGCGGCUGCUUACGAGAGCGAAUGCGGCUCCAUUCUUUCAGAAAACCCUGAGUAUAGAUAUCUGGGUGCCUUUGGUGUCGGUGGAUGGGCAACGAGAUCGAGUACGAGUUCUCUCAACUUCGGGGAAGAAGUCAAGAUUCAACGUACCAAAACUCAGCCCCAGACGAAAGUAGGAAAGGCUAAAAGAAUUAUUUCAAAUUCAAAAACGGAUGUUAUAACGAGGUUCACGAAUGCCAAUGGCGAUGAAAUUGGAAGACUGCCCCAGGAAACUGCUUCCUGGGUUUCAACCUUGAUCGACCAAAAAAUAUGCAAAUUUACAGCAGUGUGCGUCUUUGCGCCAGACCGGAUUCGCAUAAACGAUACUAUAUACUUGCAACUUAAAUGCUACGUGCUAAGCUCAGCAUUUAAAAGGCACUUUUCAUCCGGGGUAGAUGAUGACGGACCUCGUCUCUUUGAGCACGAAGAAACUGCAGAAGAAAAGGCACUCCGUCUACGCCAGGUUGCGCUAGUGACUCUUUUUGAUGAGAUUUGUCUCUCCCCAACUUCAGUAAAUGAAGCAACCGCUAAGCACAAGAAAAAUGGCAUUCUCCGCGCCGCAGAAAUGGCUGAACAAGGUACCAAGCCUGGAAAGUCCAUUACAGACCAGUUGAAAGAUGUCGAUGAGGCAUCGGAGAGUGAUGAGGGUGAAAACCUAGACCAAGAUCAGCUAGAUACUCUGUAUCAUAAGGCGCAGUGUUUUGAUUUCAGCAUGCCUGAGGCUACUCCAGGUGAGAGCUUUAACUUAGAGCUACGAAAAUACCAAAAGCAGGCACUUUAUUGGUUGAUUACCAAGGAAAAAGAUGAAAUGUCUACCAAACAGAGGUCGAUGCAUCCGCUAUGGGAAGAGUACCCUUGGCCUGUGAAAGAUGUUGAUGAUAAGCCUCUUCCGCGUGUGCGUGGCAAUGAUUUUUUUUACGUUAACCCAUAUUCUGGAGAAUUAAGUCUAGAGUUCCCUGUCCAAGAACAAAAUUGCUUAGGUGGCAUUCUUGCUGAUGAGAUGGGACUGGGCAAGACCAUCGAGAUGAUGAGCUUGAUACAUUCUCAUAAACCUAGUUCUGACUUUAUCAAUGGCAUUACACCCUCAUCAGGCCAAGAUAUUGUGAGGGCUCAUAGCCUUUCAGAGGUAUAUUAUGCUCCGCGCACUACCCUUGUUGUCGCUCCCACUUCCCUUUUGUCCCAAUGGGAAAGUGAAGCUUUAAAGGCGUCAAAGCCAGGAACAAUGAGGACCCUGGUCUAUUAUGGGACAGAUAAAUCAGUCAACCUCAGAAGCCUUUGUUCUCCCAAGAACUCGGCAGCGCCAAACGUCAUUAUCACCAGCUAUGGAGUCGUUCGCUCAGAAUACGGCCAGGUUAUCUCUAACCGUACGAAUACCAGCGAUAAUGGUCUCUUUUCCGUCGAAUACUUUCGCGUAAUUCUCGAUGAAGCACACUACAUCAAGAAUCGGGCCUCGAAAACGGCCAAAGCAUGUUAUGAGAUCAAAGCCAAGCACAGAUGGGUUUUAACAGGAACUCCGAUUGUGAAUCGGCUUGAAGAUCUUUACAGUCUCGUGCGCUUCCUCAAAGUGGAGCCGUGGUGUAAUUUCUCUUUCUGGAAGACAUUUAUUACUGUUCCAUUUGAGUCGAAAGAUUUCGCACGUGCCUUGAGCGUUGUACAAACUGUACUUGAACCGUUAGUUCUCCGGCGCACUAAGACAAUGAAAACCCCAGAAGGGGAGGCACUUGUUCCACUACCAUCCCGUACCAUCACAGUGGAGGAGGUCGAGUUAUCCGAACAGGAAAGAGAAAUCUAUGAUGUUAUUUUCAGUCGAGCAAAACGGACAUUCAACGACAAUGUUGCGGCCGGAACCCUAUUAAAGUCUUAUACCACUAUCUUUGCCCAGAUUCUUCGCUUACGGCAAACUUGCUGCCACCCAAUACUAACAAGAAACCAGUCUAUCGUUGCCGAAGAAGAAGAUGCUGCUAUUGCCGCAGAUGAAAUGAAUCUCUUGAAAGAUAACAUGGAUCUUCAAGAACUCAUUGAUAAAUUCUCGACUUCCAUGCAGGCUUCAGAUGGGGAGGAAAGAGAUCCUACGGCGAAUUUCACCACUCAUGCCUUGAAGCAAAUCCAAGCAGAGUCUAGUGGUGAAUGCCCAAUCUGUUCUGAGGAGCCAAUGAUUAAUCCGGCAGUUACUUCGUGUUGGCAUAGUGCUUGCAAAACCUGCUUGGAAUCCUAUAUCAAGCAUCAAACAGAUAAAGGGGAGACCCCAAGGUGCUUCUGUUGCCGUGAGCAGCUAAACUCUCGCGAUAUUUUUGAAGUCAUACGGCAUGAAUCGCCUGUACAGACACCGGCGGCCCAAAACCCUUCCCUCCUAGAUAAUCUCAACCCUCCGACAGGGCGAAUCUCCCUACGUCGAAUCAACCCUCUGUCACCCUCUGCAAAAACCUCCGCAAAGAUUCAUGCCCUCAUUACCCACCUUACUCGUCUACCGAGAGGCACUAAGGCUGUGGUAUUUUCGCAGUUCACCUCUUUUCUAGAUUUAAUAUCCCCCCAGCUGACUGCCGCCGGCAUUGCCCAUCUUCGUUUCGAUGGUACGAUGAGCCAAAAAGCUCGUGCCACAGUUCUCGCCCAAUUUAAUGCCCCUAUCAUUGACGAGGAGGACAUAGAGGAUGAUGACGAUAUUGCAAAUUCUCCUGGUCCCUUUAGAAGCUACCGAAGUAAGCCCAAGAAGGAGAAGACUCCCCCUGCCAAUGUACUCUUAAUCAGCUUGAGAGCUGGCGGUGUUGGUUUGAACCUCACUGUUGCAAACCACGUCUUCAUGAUGGACCCUUGGUGGAGCUUCGCUGUGGAAGCGCAGGCAAUUGAUCGUGUGCACCGCAUGGGUCAGCUGCGUGAUGUAAAGGUAUCGAGGUUUGUGGUCAAAAACAGCAUCGAAGGGAGGAUUCUCAGGAUACAAGAGAGGAAGAUGAUGAUUGCCGGCUCUCUUGGAUUAAGGGUCGGCGGCGAUGGAGGUGACGAAGACAAAAGAGAACAACGCAUUGAGGAGCUGAAGCUCUUGUUUGAAUAG